AUGAGAAAUAAAUCAUCUAAAAAAUCAUCUAACGAAUCAAAUGUUGGCAAAGAUGUUAUUGCACCUCUUGCCAAGUACACUUUCGUCAAAAUACUUGAAUCUCUGCCGUGCGAUGUCGAUAUCGAAGAAUCAAAAAAAGCCUAUGGAAAUGUAUUGAAAGAUAUAGAGUUAUAUGUUAAUGAAAUGAACAAGUCAAAUGAUAAUUCUGACAAGAAGAUAAUAGAUUAUAUCAAAAAAAUGGUCAAAGCAAAUAAGGUGCGCAAAAUGGUAACUAUAAGUAAUGAAAAAAUAAAUGACAUGGCGGAAGUCAUGCUAGUGCAGAGAGGGGCCAAUAUAGAAAUUAAGGAUUUGAUAAUUGAUCCAAAAUAUCUUGAAGAUUUUGGAAAUAUAGAUGAACGUGGAAAAAUCCAGAAAAUGGUCAGUAAAGGCAAUCAAGUUGCAGUAAAAAAGAUGGGUUAUAUAAUAUUAAAAGAGAUUGCGAAACAAGCAAAUAUUGUCGCACUGCUUAGCUGA